AUGUCUGAAAAAACUGAGGUUGAUUUAACCGGAGCUAAGCAAAACACCGGUGUAUGGCUAGUAAAGGUAUGUUGCCUAAAAUCUAUUUGAACGGUAAGUCAUAUCAAUACACAUAUUGGGCACACCUGUCGGAAUAGAAUAGCUUAGCAUUUAGCUAGCUAAACUACCACCUCCGGUCUCUUUUUAACUGUUGUUUGACUUGAUCAGGUUCCCAAGUACCUGGCCCAGCAGUGGGCCAAAGCACCAGGAAAAGGAGAAAUUGGAAAGCUCAAGAUUGUAAAGUAAGCACUGACCUUAAGUUAUAACUCCACAUCUGUUCAUUACUGAAACAUAUGACUUCUUUUCAGAGGGGUUCAACAUUACCAAACAUAGACAUUUUGACUUUUGCAGUGGACAUCAUGCUCAAUUUUGUAGUUGGUGAUGCUAGUUAUAAAUGGUCCUAAAUUCAGGAAUUAGCUGUCUAAUGAGACAAUUAGUGUAGCCUAUGUUGUAGUUUCCUGAAAGUAAAUUAAUUUCCCCCCAUAGGAUACAAGGAAAAGCAGAUGUAAGUAUGUUACUUGUUGCCACAUGGUGUCACUGUAAACCCAUACACUGUACCUCGUCCUCAAUAAUACCUCAAACCUUUGGAAGAAUUCUACAAAAUAGUAGCUGUAUUAUUAGAACAUAAUUUUCAUUAUUGGAAGUCAUGUUUAUAGAUUCAUAGACUAUGAUUAGUUGAAUCAGAUGUUUUACUGCUUGGUUGGAACAAAAGCCUGCAUCCAUGCUGAGAUGUUAGCUGAUCCAUAGGUCUGUGGUGUUUGCCUUAGGUGUUGUUCACACUGAAUGAGGACCUGACCAGCCUGUCUGCCAUGGGGGAGAAGGCAGCGUCGGUACGAGCCCCCAGGGACCACCCAUUCACCAUGCAUAGUGUGGGGGGGCAGACCCUGGCUGUGUUCACUGAGACCUCUGCAGGUAACAGACUACUGCCAUGCUCUAAUACUGGUAAAACACCAUGGAGAUAUGUUUCAUUUUGAGUUGACGGAAUAUGGUGCCUUUGAGUUGAUUAAUCAUAAAUAUUCAAGAGAUGAGAUUAAUCAGAUUAGAUUUGGGUGGUCAUGCUCAAGCAAUGGAGAGAUUCAUCAUCAAGACUUCUCACUUGGCUUAUUUCAGUUGACUUGUCUUGAAAAGCUGUAGCUGAAAUGUUGACAAACUGAUUUUAUACUCUCCUGAUUUUGCCUUGCUCUAUUGUAUACAGUUAUUAUGAUUACUCUAAUACACUGAUUAACUCAUUUUUUACCCCUUAAAAAAAAAGAACUUUAAUCAUCAAAUUGAUUUACCCAACGUUACUUUAAACAGCCUACUGUAGAGACACAGGAGAGGAGUGCUCUUUGAUCAUUGGAUAAAAUACCAUAGAACAAAAAUAAGUUGAUUUAAGAUCACUUCAUUAGUCAAACCGAAAUUUGACUAACGCUUUUAACCCCUCAGAAAGACACAGAUACAUAUACAGGUUUUUGUAGUGGUGCAGGGGGCUGCCACACUGAGUGCCAAGGGAGCUGUUGUUGUGGGGGGUUAAUUGCCUUGCUCAAGGGCAUAACAGCAGGCAGUGGUAUACAGUAUUUGAAAUCAGCAACCCUUCCGCCUGCCAGCUCACUUCUCAUUGAGGGAAUUGACGUAGUUGUGAAUUCUAACAAUUCAUUUUCUGAUCCAGAGAGCACUUAAAUGAUGUUAUCAAUGUAUCUGCCAUACCAUACAAUAAAAAAAGGGUUAGGGAUGGAUUGAAAUUUACAGAAUGGUUACCUGAAGGAAAAUGGGUUUAGUAUUUUUUUUAUCUAGUCCAGAGGAGGGUCAUGUAAUUGAUGAAAUGUAAAUAUUUCUCAGUGUUUUAGAAUGAGUUGCUUAUUAGGCUAUAUAUGGAUGUGUGCCCGAUGUCACCCCUCAUCUCUGAUUCUCCGCUGGGCGCGCAAUAUCAAGUGCGCCUAUAAGCUAUUUAGUGUGGUCUCAAUCAAAUGAUUCAUAGCCUAUAGGCUAUAGCCUACGAAGUGCAUGCUCGGAGAAGGAUAGAUCAAAGUUAUAUUUCUAAGAUAGCUGCUGGGAUGAUGUAAAUAAAACUAGGCUGCAUUACACACUGCAAUGGAUAUUCCAACUCUGAGCCCUGGCUUGUUCUGCUCUUGUUGAUCAAAAACUUGUUUGUGUGCUGCCUAACCAAUGGCUGUGCUACAGUAUCUCACAAAAGUGAGUACACCCCUCACAUUUUUGUAAAUAUUUGAGUAUAUCUUUUCAUGUGACAACACUGAAGAAAUUACACUUUGCUACAAUGUAUAACAGUGUAAAUUUUCUGUCCCCUCAAAAUAACUCAACACACAGCCAUUAAUGUCUAAACCGCUGGCAAUAAAAGUGAGUACACCCCUAAGUGAAAAUGCCAAAUUGGGCCCAAUUAGCCAUUUUCCCUCCCCGGUGUCAUGUGACUCGUUAGUGUUACAAGGUCUCAGGUGUGAAUGGGGAGCAGGGGUGUUACAUUUGGUGUCAUCGCUUUCACACUCCCUCAUACUGGUCACUGGAAGUUCAACAUGGCACCUCAUGGCAAAGAACUCUCAGAGGAUCAGAAUUUUUUUUUUGUUGCUCUACAUAAAGAUGGCCUGGGCUAUAAGAAGAUUGCCAAGACCCUGAAACUGAGCUGCAGCGGUUUAACAGGACAGGUUCCACUCAGAACAGGCCUCGCCAUGGUCGACCAAAGAAGUUGAGUGCACGUGCUCAGCGUCAUAUCCAGCGUAUGAGUGCUGCCAGCAUUGCUGCAGAGGUUGAAGGGGUGGGGGGUCAGCCUGUCAGUGCUCAGACCAUACGCCGCACACUGCAUCAAAUUGGUCUCUUCUCUUUAGAAGCCUCUUCUAAAGAUGAUGCACAAGAAAGCCCACAAACAGUUUGCUGAAGACAAGCAGACUAAGGACAUGGAUUACUGGAACCAUGUCCUGUGGUCUGAUGAGACCAAGAUAAACGUAUUUGGUUCAGAUGGUGUCAAGCGUGUGUGGCGGCAACCAGGUGAGUAGUACAAAGACAAGUGUGUCUUGCCUACAGUCAAGCAUGGUGGUGGGAGUGUCAUGGUCUGGGGCUGCAUGAGUGCUGCCGGCACUGGGGAGCUACAGUUAAUUGAGGGAACCAUGAAUGCCAACAUUUACUGUGACAUACUGAAGCAGAGCAUGAUCCCCUCCCUUCGGAGACUGGGCCGCAGGGCAGUAUUCCAACAUGAUAACGACCCCAAACACACCUCCAAGACGACCACUGCCUUGCUAAAGAAGCUGAGGGUAAAGGUGAUGGACUGGCCAAGCAUGUCUCCAGACCUAAAUCCUAUUGAGCAUCCUCAAACGGAAGGUGGAGGAGUGCAAGGUCUCUAACAUCCACCAGCUCCGUGAUGUCGUCAUGGAGGAGUGGAAGAGGACUCCAGUGGCAACCUGUGAAGCUCUGGUGAACUCCAUGACCAAGAGGGUUAAGGCAGUGCUGGAAAAUGAUGGUGGCCACACAAAAUAUUGACACUUUGGGCCCAAUUUGGACAUUUUCACUUAGGGGUGUACUCACUUUUGUUGCCAGCGGUUUAGACAUUAAUGGCUGUGUGUUGAGUUAUUUUGAGGGGACAGCAAAUUUACACUGUUAUACAAGCUGUACACUCACUACUUUACAUUGUAGCAAAGUGUCAUUUCAGUGUUGUCACAUGAAAAGAUAUACUCAAAUAUUUACAAAAAUGUGAGGGGUGUACUCACUUUUGUGAGAUACUGUAUGUAGGCCUAUGGUGGCAGUUCAGGAGGAGAGUGAAAGGUUUCUUCUGAAAAGCCUAUGUUCUGUUCAGUUUGAGAAGGAGAGCGCGAAGAUGAGGUCAUCUUUGAUAGCCUGCUACAACAAUAAUUGAUUUUAUUAAAAACAAUAUGUUUCUUGCCUAUGAUGUAUUUAUCAGAGUUAUUGACCUCACAAUAAGCCAGAUUCGUGUAACUUACAUUGUGGUGCUGAAACUUGAAGCAGCAGCCGUGGCACAAUCAAUCGAAAAUGGGACAGCUCAUGGUACUGAAAGUAGGCUAAUUCGAGUAGGCAUAAUUCAUUUCAACCGUCUUCAUUUUAAUUAGACUUUACUAACAACAAGUGGGCUUUGUGUUGCAGCCGAUUUCUUCCUAUUUAAGAAAUGAGGUAGGCCUACCUGUUUGACAGACUAAAUUAGGCUAUAGGCUGCUAUAUCCAUAGAUUUGUCAGUCAAUUCCUCCACCCACCUUGCACUUUUUAAAUAGCCUACCUCUGUGUCAGGCUGUUAAGUUAAAACCAAGAUUCGAAUUGAGGGGGUAUGCGAGGGUAGGCCAUAGGUCUACCUUUUAUUAAAGAAAAUGGCAAAAAGCACAGGCCUACCCCUUGUUAGCAUAAGAGUUUGAAGAAAAUGAAUCUGAUCCGAUUAUACAGUGGGGAAAAAAAGUAUUUAGUCAGCCACCAAUUGUGCAAGUUCUCCCACUUAAAAAGAUGAGAGGCCUGUAAUUUUCAUCAUAGGUACACGUCAACUAUGACAGACAAAAUGAGAAAAAAAAAUCCAGAAAAUCACAUUGUAGGAUUUUUAAUGAAUUUAUUUGCAAAUUAUGGUGGAAAAUAAGUAUUUGGUCAAUAACAAAAGUUUCUCAAUACUUUGUUAUAUACCCUUUGUUGGCAAUGACACAGGUCAAACGUUUUCCUCUAAGUCUUCACAAGGUUUUCACACACUGUUGCUGGUAUUUUGGCCCAUUCCUCCAUGCAGAUCUCCUCUAGAGCAGUGAUGUUUUUGGUGCUGUCGCUGGGCAACACGGACUUUCAACUCCCUCCAAAGAUUUUCUAUGGGGUUGAGAUCUGGAGACUGGCUAGGCCACUCCAGGACCUUGAAAUGCUUCUUACGAAGCCACUCCUUCAUUGCCCGGGCGGUGUGUUUGGGAUCAUUGUCAUGCUGAAAGACCCAGCCACGUUUCAUCUUCAAUGCCCUUGCUGAUGGAAGUAGGUUUUCACUCAAAAUCUCACGAUACAUGGCCCCAUUCAUUCUUUCCUUUACACGGAUCAGUCGUCCUGGCCCCUUUGCAGAAAAACAGCCCCAAAGCAUGAUGUUUCCACCCCCAUGCUUCACAGUAGGUAUGGUGUCCUUUGGAUGCAACUCAGCAUUCUUUGUCCUCCAAACACGACGAGUUGAGUUUUUACUAAAAAGUUAUAUUUUGGUUUCAUCUGACCAUAUGACAUUCUCCCAAUCCUCUUCUGGAUCAUCCAAAUGGACUCUAGCAAACUUCAGACGGGCCUGGACAUGUACUGGCUUAAGCAGGGGGACACGUCUGGCACUGCAGGAUUUGAGUCCCUGGCGGCGUAGUGUGUUACUGAUGGUAGGCUUUGUUACUUUGGUCCCAGCUCUCUGCAGGUCAUUCACUAGGUCCCCCCGUGUGGUUCUGGGAUUUUUGCUCACCGUUCUUGUGAUCAUUUUGACCCCACGGGGUGAGAUCUUGCGUGGAGCCCCAGAUCAAGGGAGAUUAUCAGUGGUCUUAAAUGUCUUCCAUUUCCUAAUAAUUGCUCCCACAGUUGAUUUCAGUUGGUAACGAGUGGAGGACAGAGGAGCCUCUUAAAGAAGACGUUACAGGUCUGUGAGAGCCAGAAAUCUUGCUUGUUUGUAGGUGACCAAAUACUUAUUUUCCACCAUAAUUUGCAAAUAAAUUCAUUACAAAUCCUACAAUGUGAUUUUCUGGAUUUUUUUCCCUCAAUUUGUCUGUCAUAGUUGACGUGUACCUAUGAUGAAAAUUACAGGCCUCUCUCAUCUUUUUAAGUGGGAGAACUUGCACAAUUGGUGGCUGACUAAAUACUUUUUCCCCCCACUGUAUAAAGUGAUCUAUAACAGUGCUUUGGUCCGCAAUGCUUUAUGCUAGAAAUAAGCUGUAAAAUACCUGGGAAAGACGUGACUUCGAUGCUUAUGGGAAAUCAUUGUUUAGUUUCUUUGACAUUGAGGCUGAGCUACAACCUUCUAUAGCAGAGGAGACAACAUUUUUCUUUGCUUGGGAAGUAAUCUAAUUCUGUCACUAUCAAUUGAUUAAGCUAUUCACUUUCUGUACAAAAGAAGAUGUUUAAACCCAGACAGCUUUUAGGGGAACACUUGUGACCUUCUCUCGUUGGGUUAAGCCACGGAAGAAGAGUAGCCAGCAGUUAAAGCUUAACGUUUUCUGUGUCGGUAGGCCUACUCUGUCUGGGGUGGAAAGGUAGGUCCAACUUUUGAAAGUACCAUGCUCAGAUUCCUAAUAACGUCUCAGAUUUAAUUAUUUGCAAACAGGGACAGUUUCGUUGCAAACAAGACUGAUUUGGUAUUGGAGAAAUAUGAUAAUAAUAAUAAUAUGCCAUUUAGCAGACGCUUUUAUCCAAAGCGACUAACAGUCAUGUGCGCAUACAUUUUUACGUACGGGUGGUCCCGGGGAUCGAACCCACUACCCUGGCGUUACAAGCGCCAUGCUCUAACAAUUGAGCUACAGAGGACUACUAUAAGAUAAACACAUUGUCCAUUCUUAGCCUGUAAAUCAGUAAUGUGUGUGAUACUAAAACGUUUCUUCCAAGUGCAGUCGCAAAAACCAUCAAGCGCUAUGAUGAAACUGGCUCUCAUGAGGACCACCACAGGAAAGGAAGACCCAGAGUUACCUCUGCUGCAGAGGAUAAGUUCAUUAGAGUUAACUGCACCUCAGAUUGCAGCCCAAAUAAAUGCUUCACAGAGUUCAAGUUACAGACAUAUCUCAACAUCAACUGUUCAGAGGAGACUGCGUGAAUCAGGCCUUCAUGGUCGAUUUACUGCGAAGAAACCACUACUAUAGGACACCAAUAAGAAGAAGAGACUUGCUUGGGCCAAGAAACACGAGCAAUGGACAUUAGACCGGUGGAUAUCUGUCCUUUGGUCUGAUGAGUCCAAAUGUGAGAUUUUUGGUUCCAACCGCCGUGUCUUUGUGAGACGCAGAGUAGGUGAACAGAUGAUCUCCGCAUUUGUGGUUCCCACCGUGAAGCAUGGAGAAGGAGGUGUGAUGGUGUGGGGGUGCUUUGCUGGUGACACUGUCUGUGAUUUAUUUAGAAUUCAAGGCACACUUAACCAGCAUGGCUACCACAGCAUUCUGCAGCGAUACGCCAUCCCAUCUGGUUUGGGCUUAGUGGGACUAUCAUUUGUUUUUCAACAGGACAAUGACCCAACACACCACCAGGCUGUGUAAGGCUAUUUGACCAAGAAGGAGAGUGAUGGGAGUGCUACAUCAGAUGACCUGGCCUCCACAAUCACCAGACCUCAACCAAAUUGAGAUGGUUUGGGAUGAGUUGGACCGCAGAGUGAAGGAAAAGCAGCCUACAAGUGCUCAGCAUAUGUGGGAACUCCUUCAAGACUGUUGGAAAAGCAUUCCAGGUGAAGCUGGUUGAGAGAAUGCCAAGAGUGUGCAAAGCUAUCAUCAAGGCAAAGGUUGGCUACUUUGAAGAAUCUAAAAUAUAUUUAGAUUUGUUUAACACUUUUUUGGUUACUACAUGAUUCCAUAUGUGUUAUUUCAUAGUUUUGAUGUCUUCACUAUUCUACAAUGUAGAAAAUAGUAAAAAUAAAGAAAAACCUUGGAAUGAGGAGUGUCUAAACCUUUGACUGGUACUGUAUAAUUUGCUGAAAGGAGGGCCAUCCUUUUUCAUUUCAGAGAAGUCUGAUUUCUCCAUGUAACCCUUAUUAUAAAUAAUGUUCACUCCCAUAGCAGAACAGAGAAUAAACUUCUCUUCCCAAAGUCCCCAUAAUACGUUUGCGUAGUUCGGAGCAAUACAAGUCCCCAUAGCAGUCUCCUUCUCUUGUUUAAUUCCACUCUGUUAAUUGAAGAAAGUCAGCAGUGAGCAUACUUUCCUAUGGCCAAUGUUGGAGAUAAUGUUGGAGAUAAUGCUUUAAAGCCUCCAGACCUUCAUUGUGUACAAUAUUGGUGAAAUCGUUACCAAAUAGGAAGAUCCAACAUCUUUAAGCUCAGAUAGCUAAUUAAGAGUAUGAGUGGUAUCUUGAAGGAAAAAGGGAAGUUUGGCACAAAAGGCUUAAUGUAGAAAUCAACAUACUUGGAGGCUGGCUCUGAUGUAGUAUCAUUGUUGCUGAUGAUGGGCCUUCCAGGAGGAUUAUGAGGAUACUUGUGGACUUUUGGUAACAUGUAGUAACAAGCUAACCUAGGGUAGGCAGGGAGAAGAAAGUCAUAUUCUUGCUUAGUGAUCCACUUUUCAUAUUUGUCAUGGCCCAAGAUAUCACUCCACUCUCAUUUCAUAUUCUCCAAUGGGCUAGAAGACAAAGGCAGGUAAUAGUCAGUAUUUUGAACUGUCUAUAGGCUUCCUGCUCAUACAGUAUUUGUCCCUCUCCCAUACAAUAACAGCCCCUCCUUUGUCAGCACUGCGAACUGUACGAACAAAUUGUGAUUCUCAGAAAGCCAUAUAAUGGUUGAAUUUUCUUGUUUAGUGAGAUUACACCUUAUUCCUGUUCUCAAAUAGUUUAUCAACAUCAUGAGACACAUUUUUUGUUAACGACAGUAAUGGGAUACUUUGGGAUUUUGACCAGAGUCAGGUGAACUCGUGGAUAAACAUUUUAUGUCUCUGCAUGCUUGGCAAAUUAAAAGAAACAGAGCGGGACCGGAUCUGUUUGGGCCUAUGAGACCUGCGCACAGUCCGGUUGUGUGUUCAGGAGUAGACGGAUGAGCCAUCUUUGUAAUCGUCCUCGUCUCUAAUGAUUUUUUUUCCAAUUUCUUACGUCUCAAAAAACAGUUUGUCAAAGUCUUCUUUCAAUUUGUUCUCAAAAGGGAGUUUAUGUUCCACAGAAUCAAUGUGGGCAGUUUAUGCUUUGAUCACCUCUAUCUUCCUUUAAGGAAUUGAUAUCUUUGUUUAGCCUACUGUAGCACUUAAUGCCUUCUCAUGUGCAUACACAGUAUCAGCACACCCACCCACAUGUACAACCACACGCACCCACAUACAUGUUUUAAUGAUCUAUUGGAUGAUUCUCAGAAAGAACACAGCGAGGGCACAUUCAUAGGUGGAUAUACUGUACCUGCUCUUUCCAUGACAGACUGACCAGGUGAAUCCAGGUGAAAGCUAUGAUUCCUUAUACAGAGUGGUCCUCUGUAGCUCAGCUGGUAGAGCACGGCGCUUGUAACGCCAAGGUAGUGGGUUCGAUCCCCGGGACCACCCAUACACAAAAAAAAUGUAUGCACGCAUGACUGUAAGUCGCUUUGGAUAAAAGCGUCUGCUAAAUGGCAUAUUAUUGAUGUCACCUGUUAAUUCCACUUCAAUCAGUGUAGAUGAAGGGGAGGAGACAGGUUAAAGAAGGAUUUUUAAGCCUUGUGACAACUGAGACAUGGAUUGUGUAUGUGUGCCAUUCAGAGGGUGAAUGGGCAAGACAAAAGAUUGAAGUGCCUUUGAACGAGGUAUGGUGCUAGGUGCCAGGCGCACCGGUUUGAGUGUGUCAAGAACUGCAACACUGCUGGGUUUUUCACGCUCAACAGUUUCCCGUAUGUAUCAAGAAUGGUCCGCCUCCCAAAGGACAUCCAGCCAACUUGACACACCUGUGGGAAGCAUUAGAGUCAACAUGGUCCAGCAUCCCUGUGGAACGCUUUCAACACCUUUUAGUCCAUGCCCCGGCGAAUUGAGGCUGUUCUGAGGGCAAAAGGGGUUCAAUUCAAUAUUAGGAAGGCGUUCCUAAUGUUUUGUACACUCAGUUAAUAUCAACACACACACACAGACACAGCGCUAAUUGCUUACGUUAAUGAUGUCAUUCCUACAGUAGCCAUGUGCAGAAUGUCAGUAGUAGUUGUUUCAUGUAAUUUUAUGUCUUUAAGUGUUUUAUUUUUUUCAGCGCUCUGGCAUGCAGCAGGUAUUGAUUAAGAGGUUGCUUAGCAACAGGCUUGGCUCCAGAACCUGCCAGUGAAUAGACGCCGCUGUACGUACUGUACUGUUAGCAAGCCAUUCCUCCCUCUUUCACUCAUCCCUCCCGCUCUCUCCCUCGCUCUCAGUCUCUCACACUCCUACGGGAUGGGUUUUUCUCAGUACGUUUUUUUAUUGAAAUUGGUCAGGGGUGAAACUACUUCCAUCUAAUGUUCCGGUAGUUUCAGAAGGUACGGUGAACAACAGAGCAGCCAGGUCUGGUGAGCAGAGCACAGAUAUUCUCCCUGUAGAGAGAGACACAGAUAAUUUUUAAUAACACUGUACUCUGCUAUUACUGUAGACACGCAGUCAGCCAAGCCUUCUUUGACUCUGUUUGGAGAUAAGCAUACUGCAUUACACACAGCAGAAAGAGCCCACCUGUUGUGGAGUGGAUGAGUGAUGCUGAUAUACAGUACACACACCCAGGCUGUCUUCUGAAUGCUUUGAGCAAAGUUCACCGCUGUCAUGUUCUUUGUGGGUUUGAGUCUGUCUUCGCUGCCUCUCUAUCUCUGUGAGGCAGGAUCUGAUGCAGCUUGUAAGAAAUAUAGCAGUCUGAAUCAGAGGCAGUGAGUGCGUUUGGCCGUCGGCGCGGUUACAUUUUAGAGAGAAUGUUAGAGGCCCCCAUCUUGGCACUGUAGAGACAUUUUAGAAUUUUGAGCUGAGAUUUAAUUUUGCAGUUUUAAAGUUAAUUUCCUACAAUUCUACACAUUUCGCCAUGCAGCUGAGAGAAUGUUGCAGGUUUAAAGCUAGUUUCCUGCAAUUCUAUGCAUUUUGCCAUGGAUAAUGCAGUGUUAUUUUGCUCAAACAUAAUAUCAAAAUGAAUACUGCUAAAUUAAUUGUUUUGGGAAUUUUCUAUUCUCCCUAACUGUGUAGCUUUUCUUUUGGUGAUUGUUAGUUCUCAAAGAUUAUAUUAUUUAAAAAAAUGUAGGUCCUUUAUCUUUUCUGCAUACUUUAUAUGUGGUUUUAGUCGUUUAAGUUUACACUUAGUGUUUUUCCAUCCCGAAAAUGAAUUAAACCUGAAAAAUCGCUUAGUCGGCCCGCCCAAGGAUUACAAUGGCAGAAAAUCCCUGAUAAAGUGAUACCAUUUCAAGCCCAGAGUUUCAUGUAUUCAUUUUGGACCUGAUUCAUCACCAUGCCUGUUGUGUACAGUAGCCUUCAGUAUUCUAGGAAUAGGUCUUACCUAGCUCCAUUCACCAGAAGUUCUGCAGUCAACUCAUUUUUAUUAACUAUAAAGAUCAAAGAAAGCUAAACCCCCUCAGACCUGCUCUCUUCUGUCUCUCUACUGGAGCUGUCAUGUGAUGGUUGCCAGGCAGAGAACUGAGCUCCUGUCUGUCUGUUCUGUCCAUGUCUGUAAUGAGAGGAGAAGCCAAGUCCAAUGUGGGAGGGAUGGCAGACAGUUUCCCUGCCCUCUCCUACUGGCCAUGGCUCUACUCUCCAGCUCAGCUCUAG